AUGCGCGGCGCGUUCUGUUCAAAACUGACCGGACGAUGCAUCUCACAAAUCACUUCCUCAGCACGAGACAGGAUGGGAAAGCGCCGUGGUGGUCGCGGAGGGGACUCGGGGUACGAGGACCAAUAUGGCGGCGGCUGGUCCGGCGGCGGGAGAGACCACGACAGCAACAUUGGAGGGAAGAGCGGAGGAGGCGGCGGCGGUGGAGGAGGGGGCGGCACAGGUGGCGGAAGUGCGGGGGGCGGGAAGCCGGGAUCAAAUGUUCAGUACCAGCGGCAGCUGCCAAAGUUCCUGCAAGCCCACGCGCAUCUGCUCAACCAGGAAGGGUUCCAGGAAGACGCGAAAAAUGCGUGGGAAGACUACGCGCACUCCGACCAGCUCGCGAAGUACGGGGACGAGGACGACGUCGAAGGGAACGCGAGAAAAGGAUUAGGCAGCGGGGCGGUGAACCACAAAGCAUUGGGGUUGUCAAACGACGCGGAGGAGAAGGAACAGCUCGCGAAGGAGGAGAAAGGGAAAGGAAACCGAGCCUUCCAGGAAAAGCGCUUCGAAGACGCGAUAAAACACUUCAACGUUUGCGUGAAGCUCGAGCCGCUGAACCACGUGUACUUCAGCAAUCGGUCCGCGGCGUAUGCGAAGCUGAAGCGAUACGAAGAAGCGCUGAAAGAUGGGCUCGCCGCCGUGAAGCUGAACGGGAGCUGGGUGAAAGGGUACACUCGCGUCGGGGCGGCGAACAUGGGGCUAAACCGAUUUACGGACGCGAGGGAGAGCUAUGAGAAAGCGUUAGCCCUGGACGAAGAUAACGAGCAGAUUAAAUCGAGCUUGAAGGAAGCGAAGAAAGCGGAGGAAAGCGCGCUCGCGGCGGGGAAGUUCACAAGGUAA